CUUCUAAUGCGCAUGCGUAGAGAACGCCCCGCCCACAUAAUUCCGGUAGAACUUCGUGGUGGACGCGAGAAAGGUGAGGGACAAAAGUGGUGCAGAUCUCUGAAGACAAAAUGGUACUGCACCCAGUAAUCUCCAAGCUGCAUGGCAAACUUGUCGUUCUGGCCAGUGCAUCUCCAAGGCGACAGGAGAUUUUGACCAACGCAGGUUUGCGGUUUGAAGUGGUGCCCUCUUGGUUUAAAGAGACUUUGGACAAGACUUUGUUUAAAACGCCCUAUGCAUAUGCUGUGGAAACGGCAAAGCAAAAGGCCCUGGAAGUGGCUCAGAGAAUGCCACUUAAACACCUUAAAAAACCAGAUAUAGUGAUUGGGGCAGACACUGUGGUGACGGUUGAUGGUUUAAUUCUGGAGAAGCCUGUGGAUAAGCAAGAUGCCUACUGCAUGCUGUCUAGAUUGAGCGGAAAAGAGCACAGUGUAUACACAGGAGUGGUCAUAGUCCUCUGUCAUGAAAGAGAGGGUAUGCUGUGCGUAAUCUGAAUGUUUACCUGGAUGGUAUUUGACAAGGGGUCAGCUGAUUAUUUUUUUCAG